AUGAGUACAACUAGAAAUCUUCUUCGAACUUUACAAGAUUUAAUAACAUUGGGUCAGAAAACUGAAAAAUUUAAUAGAAUUUUUCAAGGAAUUCGAGUAGUAGCAUCUCGAAAACCAGGGCAUAUUCAAUGUGAACUUGAUAUUGAUGAACAACAUUUAAAUCGAAAUGAUACUUUGCAUGGUGGUAUGCUUACAGCAUUAACAGAUAGUGUAUCAACAUUGGCACUUGAGACUAAUGAAAACAAACCAUCAAAAUCAGCAUCUGUUGAACUAAGUGUUUCUUUUCUCAAAGCGGCGAAAAAAGGUGAAACUUUAGUAAUCGAUGCUGACACAGUCAAAUUAGGACGAACAUUGGCUUUUCUAUCGGUGGAAUUUCGAAAUAAGAAAAAUAAUGAAUUAUUAGCAACAGGAAAACAUACGAAAUAUGUUGCAUGA